AUGCAGGGCAUUGUCACGAACGUGGCACCCUUCGGUGCUUUCGUCGAUGUUGGCGCUGCGAGGAAUGCGAAGAUCCUCAUCGAGCCACGAUUGUGGAAGCAGUUCCACGUAGGGGAUCGGAUUGAUGAGUGCGUCGUCAAGGAAGUGGAGCUCGAGAAGCACCGCUUCUGCGUCACGCUUCAGAACGCCGAAGCCGCCAUCGCCGAGAAUCGCGUCCCCCUACAGGAGCUCCGAGAGGGUGACCUGGUCGAGGGCGUGGUGGAUCACAAGAAUGCCUACGGCAUUUGGGUCAACGUGGGAGCCGAAGUCAUCGGGCGCCUGAACAUUCCGCGCAGGUACACGGAUCAGCUCUCAGCUGGCCAGUAUCUUCCCGACAUCGUCGUGGAACGUAUAGACCUCGAGCGCAAGAAGCUCGGCCUUACCAUGGAGCACCCGGAGGUGAUCGUGGAUUCUGCGCCGAUCACAGUUGCGGACCUCCUCCGCCAAGAGGGCAGCCGACCCCCGCCUCCCACGGCUCCCCCGGCUCGCCCGGCCCCCACGGCUCCCACGGCUCCCGCGCAGGUUGCGGCACCAGCCCCCGCGGCGGUGCUCCCCGCGCCGCGCGCGCCGGGGCCCCCACCGAAGAGCCAGGAGGCGGGCUUGCGAGUCGGCGAGUUUGUGGAUGGGGUGGUCGUGGACGUCUCAGCAAAAGUGAUCAUGGUGGACAUUGGCCUGGGGCACUUGGCCGCCCUGGCGGUGCCGGCCGCACUCCGGGCACAGUUCCGCCCCGAGGAUGAGAUCCAAGGGAUGCGCGUCGAGCGUGUCGAUUGGGACGAGGAGCGGCAGAAAGGCGCCGUGGUGCUUUCGUUGGACGAGCCAGAGCUCGCGAUCGACGAGGCGGAGACGUCCUUCAACUCCGACAAGACCAGCUGGGAAAGGCGCUCGGAGCCUGGAGAUGUGCCCAGCUUGCGUGGGAGCUGGUACGACUGGCAAUGGUCAGACCGCUGGGAUUGGCGACAGGGCCGGUGGGGAGACUGGUACCAGGGCAAUUCCUGGUGGCAUCGACCCUAUUGGGGAUCGUAG